GUGUAAUUAUUGCUGUUUUUGUUUUGGUAUUUUCUCGGCUUAGCUUUUCGUUGUUGACAAUUGGAAUCUCUUGUUUGAGUUGCAUGUGCUAUAGUCACGAAAUCGUAUGCUUUUGGUUUCAAUUCUAUCUAGACAACCGGCUAUAUUCUCGGAAUAUUCCUGAAAAGAAAAUAUGAAGCUAUUAUUUCUUGUUGUUUUUGGACUAGCAAUGGAUAUUUUGAGUGCAGUUCGUGGUUCCAUAUUGUGCAGUGAAGUAACGGAUAUCAUAAUUCUAAUUGAAAGCCGGAAAUCAGCUGACCACGCUCCUCAUCAAAAUGACAGACGUACGCCGUUCAAACGACACAAGGACACGGCUUUGUCUGUUAUACACCGACUUCCAAUGGACAGAGGUAACGUAAGAGUGACUGUUGCGCAAUUCAAUAGCAAACAAUCUAAAAUAGAGGUGAUAUUUGACAAACCAAAAAAUAGUCAAACUCAAGGAUCGACAAUCCGGAAACAAAAAAAGUCUGAAGUUUUGCUCAAAAUCGACAAAAUGAUUCCUCUAGAAACUGGAGAAACUCACCAGGGAGGAAAUAUUCUUGGUGCAUUUGAACUGGUAUCGCAUGUGAUUAUUCCGAAGAUACUUGGAAACGACAAAAUUGGAGAUAAUCCGAGAAAUUUGAAGACCAAGAUAAUUCUUGUAACCAUUGUGUCAUCAUAUUGGGAAAAACCAAACAUAAAUAAACUCGCCACAGUAUUUGUACGAUUGAGCAAGCAAGGUGUAUUAUCAUAUAUUGCUGCAUAUGAGAUGAAAGAUCGUCCAAGUCAAUCAGUUCUUCCGCUAAUAGUCUCGAAACAGCAGUUCCUAAUGUUACCGAAAUUCUACCAAAUCGACGCUGUUGCUGGGCAUUUAGCAGAUGCUUUUCAAGUGUGCUGGAAAGAUGGGCCUUGUUGGCCUUAUAACCCAUGUCUUUUUGGAUGUGACUGCGUUGAAAAUUCAAAGAUGUCUAAUGGGUACAAAUGCAUAAGUCAAAGCCCUUAUUGGUUGGAUAAAGAAUGUACUAAACCAUCAGCGAUGUUGACAUGCUUGCCAGAUCGUAUGGAACUUAGAUUACCAAAACAUUACGUCACAGAAUCCAAAACCCAUUCAAAAGAAACACUUGUGUACAUGGGUCUCAGCGACAUGAUACUGAGAGAUGAAUGUGUAGCCCGUGUUGUUGACGAUCCGUCGAAGGACAAAGGAAUUAGCAGUCAAUCGGAUGCUAUUCUUACAAAAGAGGGCUUUUACUAUUUAAUCUCCAGCGGCAUCAUGGAUAACAAAUGCUCGUCUGUUCUCUUUACUGAUGAAGAAAAGAAAGAGAUCUCAUUUACAAACACUGUUUUCAAAACCAGGUCUUUUUUACCAAGAGGAGUAAGAAUGGAUGUCCCCGUCGUAAACGUAAAGUGUAUCUACUCUGCUAGUGCAAGCCAAACACAUAGUUUGAUUUUUCAGUCACCUCAAGGACGAUCUGCAAGAAAUGAUGCUAAUGGUACUUUCCUAACUCAAAAUGAUGAUGCUUUCACGCCUCGUGAAAUUCUGUCUAAAACUAUACUUCUCAACGGCCAUGAGUUCAACUAUGAAAAAUGGAGACAAAAAAAUCCACUUCAGGAUCCCGAUGAAUUUUUUAAUGCCAUUCAGGAACAUGGUGGAAUUGAAAACAUUAUUGAAAAUGUUAAGCUAGGGAAGUAUACAUUUGUAGAUCAAGACAAAGAAAAACACAAGGACAAAACAGACAACGAAGUCAUUAAAACUGGUGUAUACGAUAGUCUAAAGCUUGUGGGGCCUGAUGGUCAUGAAGGAGGCAUUAUUGGUAGAGCAUUUGAUGUACCAAGAUUUCGAGCAAGAAAUUUAAUUGCUUACCAACCACCGCCAGGAUGCCAUGGCGGCCCGUACGAAUCUGGUGAUAUGUGCAACCCUAUUUAUCAUACGAAAGCUGCUCCAACCAUCCAGGCAGAAACUAUUUUAGCAACAACCGAGGAAGAAGCGACCACGGGAGCAACCACAUCUAUACAUACCACUAAAGAGCAAAUCACAACAUCUCAGAUUGCAACAUUAGACAAAGAAACCACACUGAAAAGCACAACCUCUGAACCUCCAACUAUAUACUUUACAAUUACAGUCGGGCGCACGACUGAUCAACCAACGACCACAGAACUGACAACUUCAUUUGAGAGCACCACUAAUCAACCAAGCAUAACGGAGUCGGCUCCAGUCGACCCGACAACCACACAACCAAUUACAACAUUAACGACAUCACAGAAACAGUGGACUACGGCAUUUGGUCAGACAAUGUCUCAUGGAUUCACUGUUAGACAAACAUCACCUCAACCAGUAUCAACAACGCUGUUACGCACCACCGAGUCAGGAGUGACUACGACAGAAGCAACAACAGUUUAUAAUAGUGUCAUUAGGAUGCAACUCUUCGAGGAUAAAGCAUUGACCCGUGAAAUUGGACCAGGUGGAGCCAAAGUGGGGUCAAAAGUGUUCGUUCAUGUGGGACCAGGUAAAAACGCACAAGCAACACCUGGAGUUUGUCCUUAUGUUCGUACAUGCUGGAUGAACGUGGGUGAUACAGUUUCUAAUGGGCAUAAUAGAACAGACACGAAUUUAAUGCUCGUAGAAGACGGAUGCCCCGUGAAUAAAAAUCCUGCUGGUUUGGAAAUAUCGAGCAAUGGAAGAUCUCCGAAUUCCGUAUUUUCAUUUCAGUCACUCAAGUACAACUCCGUUCCAGAUGGUAUUGGAUAUUACAUUCAGUGUAAUGUAACAAUAUGUGACUGCUCUUUGACAGGAUGUGGCAAGGAUUGCGGUUAAUUCUGGUAACUGUCAUCAUAUAUAUAUCAAUAUCCGGCGAAUGCCUUGAAAUAUACAGCUGUUGGUUACGAAUAGUUGAAGUAUUCAUUUUAAUUUACCAUUUAAUUUUAUUUUUAAACUUUGUUGAGAUUAGUUAAUGCAAUGUUUUUUAUUGACUUUAUUCUUUAGAAUUCUUUUUUACUUUUUAUUAUUUUUUAAGUUUAUUGUUUAAAUUAUAAUAGUUGAAUAGUUUGAAUGUAUGUUCCAGUUAUUGAUUUUGUGUGCUACGCCAGGUUUGCCACAAUUGGUGCCACAUUGGUAUUUAGUUGGUAUCUACCGUUAUUUUUAAAAAAUAGGUUGUUGAAUGUUUCGAAUCAAAAUGGUUUAAAACAUACACUCCAGUUUAAAGGGGCCAACUCGUAAAACCACUAUUAAAAUGAGCACCAAAAAUUUCCGAGAGGUAAGUUAUGGGAAGAAUUUUCCGGGGGCAGAAGCUUGGGGGAACGUCCAUUUUGAUCACGUUAAGCAAGUGAGGUCGCAGACCAAGUUUACAUCGAAUUUGCUAUGAUUGGUCAAAAUAGUAGGAGAAAUGACAACUCUUAUAUGAAAAUAUAACAUUGAUUGUACACAAUAUUUACAAUUUUUAAAAAUCAAUUGAGGAAAUUUCAGGAACAAUGUA